AUGCAAACAAUAUCGGCAAAAGUAGUACAUCUGGGGGAUCAGCUCGAAAGUGUCCAUUCACCCAGAGCAAGGGCUUUUGAGGCAUUACAAUUGAUGAAACAUUUUGAUGAAUUCAUGGCCGAUCAACCACUAAGUUCACCGAUUUUCACUGAUCCGGAUAGGGUAAGGACAAGGUAAAGAAAUAAAGAAAUGGACUUGCAUAUAAAGAAGAUGAUUUUGUAUGGUUUUAGCUCCUUGAAUCCGCCGAAAUGAUCCACAAAUUGGCGUCAGUCUCUCAAGAACUUGUCCGUGAUCGUUUCCAACAAGUCCAACAAAGAAUUGCCCGCAAAUACGAUGAGAUUGAAGAGCUUUUGUGCCGUGAAUUUGAACGAACGUUGGAUAAGAAGCGCCUAAGAGAGAUUGCCACUGUCCUUUCCGAAUUCAAAUGCUUCUCCAGAUGCGUGGAUGCCUUCGUCGAACGAGCUCAACAGGGAGCUUUUCAUUCAGAUAACGUCUUUGAUGACAUCCAACAUGUCUGUGAUAAGACCAAGCCAUUGAUUGAUGAGAUCUUUCCCGAUCCCAAUGCAGUCAUGAACAAGUUGAUCCUCAAUCUGUUCCAUGGAAAACUUCAUGAGACCUUGAAUGUGAAAUUGGAUGAUUGCAGAGAUGAACCCGAACAAUAUCUAUAUAAUUUGGCUGACAUGUAUGCGAAGACCGAGAAAUUAGGAACUGCCCUGCAGCGAUAUCAAUCGGAAUCGGAUCAACAGUUCAUCCAGACGCUUCUACAGUCAUUAUUCACUCCUUAUCUGAAGGUUUAUCCGGAGAUUGAAGAAAGAUUUAUCAACGAACAAUGUCAGAGCAUUCUCAGCCGAUUCUAUGAGAGUAAAGGGCACACAAAAAGGAAUUUAUCGGCUGGAGGACUAGGAGAAUUUAGAAGAGAUGUGCAGGCAAGAUUACUAACUGUAGAGAACUUUGGAGGAGAAACCUUUUUAUCCGAAGAAGUGGCCAUCAACAUUUUACAAGAACUUAAGAAUGCCUUCACUAGAUGUAAUUUGGUAAGUAGUGUAGAGAAUUAUCAGUUGUAAGAAUUAAUUAAUACUCUUCUUUAUCUGUAGAAGGUAUACUGCAAUAUAUUUGUAGAUGUGCAAGAAAGCCCAAUCAAUUCCGAUGGUCCAGUCAUUGUUUGAUUUGCUUCUCAAAUACCUCUACAAUGAACAUGUCGAUUAUGCAAUUGAAUUGGCGUUGGCUGGAAUCUCAACCGCUAGCCCAAAGACCGAGCCUCCCACAGAUUUUUUUUCCGUCGUUCAACAAACAGCGGCAGUUACUCACUUAUUCGUAAAACAGUUUGAAGACCUAAUCGCACCGUUAGUGAGGUAAUAAUUACAAAUGGAUAUUGUUUACUGCCAAAAAGUAUUAUUGGAUUAAACUUGAUGGUUAUUUUUAGAGAUACCUCGGUACAAGAGAGAAUUUGCUCCGAACGGGACCGCACCCUCCUCAACGUCGAAUCACGGAUCAAUCUCGGAUUGGAAAGACAAAUCAACGCCCUUGUUUUGUAUGUUAGAUUCUUGUUGAGCACAGAACAGAAGAGAUCCGACUUUAAACCGGAAGACGAGAAUCGGCCGAUAACAUCUAUGUCUAAGGCUUGUGCUCUUGUGGUAAGAUAUGUCCAAUCGAUGUACGAUCGUAUCCGAGAAUCAGUUGAUGGGAAGAAUCUGACGGCAGUGCUCACCGAAUUUGGGAAUGGAUUAUAUCGGGAGGUGUUCAACCACAUCAAAUCUUUCAAUUAUAAUCCAACUGGCGCUUUGUUGUUGGUCUGUGAUAUCAAUGAGUACACGUAAGUUGGUUUGAAAUGGACUAAAAGUACCGUUAUUACUCUAUCAUCGAUUUAAGGAAGGUAUAUUGUAUCUUGCAGAAAAUGCGUCUCGGAAUGGCACAUUCCCGAGGUUAGGCGACAAUUUGAGUGUCUCCAUGCCAUUUCCAACUUGAUGAUCGUCCGUCCCGAUAAUCUGGUCGAAGCUGUAGCCGCCGCAUCGUUAACCGAAAUCGACAAAAAUGAUGUUUUCUCAUUCUUGAAACUCAGGGAAGACGCCAAGGAAUGCCAAAUCGUCUUAAACACAGUGUGA